CCUAUCUGUCUCAGUGUGGGCGUAUCCGCCAGUGUCCCCCGUCCCUCGUUAUAAACUGUCGGACACUACGCGGCUCAGGGCCAGGGGAACGUUACUUUCUAACCGCAGCUAUGGGAAACAGUGUUGCCCGGCAGGACUUUGACUGGGUGUAUACCGACCAGCCGCACGCUGACAGGAGGAAAGAGAUCCUGGCUAAAUACCCAGAAAUUAAAUCUCUCAUGAAACCAGAUCAUAAUUUAAUCUGGAUUGUUACGUUGAUGGUAAUUACUCAGUUUAUAGCAUUUUAUCUGGUAAAAGACAUGGACUGGAAAUGGCUAAUGUUCUGGACAUAUGUUUUUGGCAGCUGCAUCAGUCACUCCAUGACCUUGGCCAUCCAUGAAAUCUCACACAAUAGUGCAUUUGGGAACAGCAAAGCCAUGUGGAACCGUUUCUUUGGAAUUUUUGCCAAUCUGCCCAUCGGUCUCCCCUAUUCAGUCUCCUUCAAGAGAUACCACAUGGAUCAUCAUCGCUAUCUGGGAGGGGAUGGCAUUGAUGUGGAUAUUCCCACGGACUUUGAGGGCUGGUUUUUCUGCACACGGCUAAGAAAACUUGUUUGGAUUAUUCUUCAACCUCUCUUCUAUGCCAUUCGACCUUUGUGCAUCAACCCAAAACCCAUUACUCAGCUGGAAUUGAUAAACUUGUUCGUUCAGUUUUCCUUUGAUGCACUUGUUUAUUAUUUUCUGGGAGGAAAAUCUCUAGUUUACAUGCUAGUGGGAUCCAUACUCGGUCUGGGGUUGCACCCCAUCUCAGGGCACUUCAUAGCGGAACAUUACAUGUUUUUAAAAGGCCAUGAGACCUACUCUUACUAUGGUCCUCUGAACUAUCUGACCUUUAAUGUUGGCUACCACAAUGAGCAUCAUGAUUUCCCCAGUGUUCCUGGCAAAAACCUUCCGUUGGUGAGAAAAAUUGCAGCUGAAUAUUAUGACCCACUGCCACAGUACAGCUCCUGGGUCAAGGUUCUGUAUGACUUUAUAAUGGACGAUACACUCAGCCCAUACUCCCGUAUCAAAAGGAAAUUAAAGGGAGAAGUAAAACAGGAAUAAUCUAGCAAUGCAAAGGACUUGUGUUAACACCAAGAGAUGUUCUGGUUAUUUGUACAGGAAACCUGUCAAUACCAAAAGAGAUUAAUCUCUAGUGACACUGCUAUUUUACCUUCUUAAAUUCCACAUGGGUCACUUGUUUAGGAGCAGUUGCAGAAUUAUAGCUUCUUUGCUCAUGUCACUGAGCUAAUUAUACUCUAUAAAUCUCCUACACUGUUUGUUUCAAUUAUUUUUUUUCUUUGUGUACCAGGAUACUAUGAUUUAACUUGGCGCUUUAUAUACCGGAAACCAUUUCAGCUCCUUUACAUGUUAAGCUCACGCUGAUGUUACCCCCUUAUCAUUUUUAUCUGUUCUUUUACUUCUAUUCCACUAGUGUUCUAGAAGGGGGUUUUAAAUAUUUUAAUUUAAUUAAUGUUUUGUAAUUCUGAUGAAAUUACAAUUCUGUUUUGUAUAAGGCUAUGAUUUUGUUUCCCCCCCCCCCCCCCCCCCACUUUGAACUUUCCCAGUCAUUUUUUUUUUUUUGAGCAAUGACACUUAAAGUGAAUGUCAAUUUUGAUGCUAAAGUGCCCGGUUUUUAAAAAUUAGAUUAAAAACAGGUGCACUUUAAUUCAUCAAUUUACAUUUCACUCCUGUUGUGAAAAAAUACUUACCUUUUAAUCUUCACAGCAGCUCCAGCUUCCUCCGGUCGUUGCAAGUAAUUUCUGACAUCAGAAAUGAUGGAUAGGUCAUCCUCCAAUCACGGCUCCCCCCCCCCCCCCCGGGGGAAAUCAGUGUCUGAUUCAACGCAGUGAUUGGAGGAAGCUGGAUUCCUCAUUUUAGACCCAGGAAGAGGCUUUGCGAUGGGUGGAGGAAGCUGGAGCUGCUGUGAAGAUUUAAAGGCAAGUUGUUGUGUUUUUUUUUGUUUGGUUUUUUUUUGUUUGGUUUUUUGCCUCAAUAGGAGUGAAAUGUAAAUUUUGAUUAAUUAAAGUGCCCCUGUUUUUAAUCUAAUUUUUAAAAACCGGGGACUUUAGCAUCAAAAUUGACAUUCACUUUAAAGACACUCCAUUGUACAAUUACCACGGUAAGCCAUCCAGAUAACUGCACUUAGGAAAUUCUAUAUCUUGGUUUCAAAUGGUCUUGGGAUACUGUACAGAAAAUCAUGACCACAGAACUUUUUUUUUAAAACAAGAAACCAUGAAUUACCUUUUGCCACAUUAACACUGGUGAGUAAAUACGUUUGCAUAUAUAACCUUAUUGUUACUUAUAGGGAUCAAACCUGUCCCACAGAAUCAUUUUGACAUUUUAAAAAGGUGCGUGCCGUUAUUGGCGCCACAUGCACUUGGUCAGUGCACAUGAUUGGUAGUUUUGCUCAGUUCACAGUAUGGGGUGUGACUAUGCAUGAGUGCUGGAGUAGAGAGAUCAGCAGAAAGCUUGUGCACUGAUCAGGGCAUUGCUGCUUAAGUAGAAGCAUACUAUGCUGGGGCUGUACUUUUUAUAUCCCGUUAACUGGUAGAACACAGAUCUAUGAAUGUGAUACAUAUGAGAGGUGGAUGAGUACAGGUUAAAUCUAGUAUAUAACUUCUAGUAAGAUAAAAUAUAUAUAUAUUUAUAAUAUUUUAGUCCAGCACUCACGAUUCGUCAAAACAUCAGCCCAGGGUGCUUCCAAACCACUAGAUGAGCAAUAAAGACACGGAAGCACUCUCCAGGACUUCCCAGAAUCGUCACUAUUUCAUGUAACGUUUUGGGGUUUUACCCCCUUCGUCAGACGCCUUAAAACAAGCUUGUUUUAAGGUGGAUGACGAAGGGGGUAAAAUCCUGAAACGUUACAUUAAAUAGUGACUAUUCUGAGAAGUCCAGAGUGUUUCUGUGUCUUUAUUGUGUGUAUAUAUAGCUAUAUCCCAUAGAUCGACCGGAACCUCUAAACACUUGUGAAAUCUGACUUGAAUUUAGCUAGAUCAUAUCACAAGUAUGAGAGAGAUUUUAACUUUACGCAAUUCCUGUUUAUGCUUCACAUGCACAGGGACUUAGUAAGGAGAAAUAAAAGAGCUGUCACCCUGUCAUAUCUGUAAGCAUUGCUUAAAGGGACACUAAACCCACAUUUCUCCAACGUUGGUGUGUCCGGUCCACGGGAAUAUCUCUUCCCCAACAGGAAAUGGCAAAGAGUCCCAGCAAAAGCUGGCCAUAUAGUCCCUCCUAGGCUCCGCCCACCCCAGUCAUUCUCUUUGCCGUUGCACAGGCAACAUCUCCACGGAGAUGGUUAAGAGUAUGUGGUGUUUUAGUUGUAGUUUUUUAUUCUACUAUCAAGAGUUUAUUUUAAAAUAGUGCUGGUAUGUACUAUUUACUCUGAUACAGAAAAAGAUGAAGAAUCUGUUUGUGAGAGGAAGAUGAUUUUAGCAGAUAGUAACUAAAAUCGGGUGCUGUUUCCACAUAGGACUGUUGAGAUGAAGUAACUUCAGUUGGGGGAAACAGUUAGCAGACUUUUUCUGCUUAAGGUAUGACUAGACAUAUUUCUAACAAGACUGUGUAAUGCUGGAAGGCUGUCAUUUCCCCUCAUGGUGACCGGUAAGCCAUUUUCUUAAUCUCAAACAGAAUAAAGGGCUUAAUAUGGGCUAUAAAACUGGUAGACACUUUUAUGGGCAAAAUCGAUUGCUUUAUUUGGGCAUUUUAUACACGUUUAUGCUUGUAAUUCACACUUAUAAGCUUGGGGAACGUUUAACGUCAGGCACUGUGUUAGACACCUUUCCAGUCAGGAAGGGCCUUCCCAGUUGUAGGCUGAGCCUCAUUUUCGCGCCAUUACUGCGCAGUUGCUUUUUGAGAGCAGACAUGCAGAUGCAUGUGUGAGGAUCCCAAAGUAGUUGGAAAACUUCCUAGAAGGCUUCAUUUGGUAUCGUAUUCCCCUCUGGGUUUGGUAAAGUCGCAGCAAAGGCUGUAGCUGGGACUGUAGAGGGGUUAAAACUGUAACCGGCUCCGGUUUCUUUAAGGGUUAAAGCUUUGAAAAUUGGUGUGCAAUACCUUGAAUGCUUUAAGACACUGGUGAAAAUUUGGUAAUUUUUUAACAAUUCCUUCAUACUUUUUCACAUAUUCAGUAAUAAAGUGUGCACUGUUUAAAAUUUAAAGUGACAGUAACGUUCUGUUUAAAAACGUUUUUUUUGUACUUUAUUGACAAGUUUAAGCCUGUUUAACAUGUCUGCACCUUCAGAUAAGCUAUGUUCUAUAUGUAUGAAAGCCAAUGUGUCUCCCCCUUCAAAAUUGUGUGAUAAUUGUGCCAUAGCGUCCAAACAAAGUAAGGACAGUACUGCCACAGAUAAUGAAAUUGCCCAAGAUGAUUCCUCAGAUGAAGGGAGUAGACAUGGUUCUACAUCAUCUCCUUCUGUGUCUACACCAGUUUUGCCCACGCAGGAGGCCCCUAGUACUUCUAGCGCGCCAAUGCUUAUUACCAUGCAACAAUUGACGGCUGUAAUGGAUAACUCCAUAGCAAAUAUUUUAUCCAAAAUGCCUGCAUAUCAGAGAAAGCGUGAUUGCUCUGUUUUAAACACUGAAGAGCAGGAGGGCGCUGAUAAUUGCUCUGUCAUACCCUCACACCAAUCUGAAGGGGCCAUGAGGGAGGUUUUGUCAGAUGGGGAAAUUUCAGAUUCAGGUAGAAUUUCUCAACAGGCUGAACCUGAUGUUGUGACAUUUAAAUUUAAAUUAGAGCAUCUCCGUGCACUGCUUAAGGAGGUGUUAUCUACUCUGGAUGAUUGUGACAACUUGGUCAUUCCAGAAAAAUUAUGCAAGAUGGACAAGUUCCUAGAGGUUCCGGUGCACCCCGACACUUUUCCUAUACCCAAGCGGGUGGCGGGCAUAGUGAAUAAGGAGUGGGAGAGGCCCGGCAUACCUUUUGUCCCCCCUCCUAUAUUUAAAAAAUUAUUUCCUAUGGUCGACCCCAAAAAGGACUUAUGGCAGACAGUCCCUAAGGUCGAGGGGGCAGUUUCUACUCUAAACAAACGCACUACUAUCCCUAUCGAGGAUAAUUGUGCUUUCAAAGAUCCUAUGGAUAAAAAAUUGGAGGGUUUGCUUAAAAAGAUUUUUGUACAGCAAGGUUACCUCCUGCAACCCAUUUCGUGCAUUGUUCCUGUCACUACAGCAGCGUGGUUCUGGUUCGAGGAACUGGAAAAGUCGCUCAGUAGAGAGACUCCAUAUCAGGAGGUUAUGGACAGAGUUCACGCACUCAAGUUGGCUAAUUCUUUUAUUUUAGAUGCCGCUUUGCAAUUAGCUAGAUUAGCGGCGAAAAAUUCAGGGUUUGCAAUUGUGGCGCGCAGAGCGCUUUGGCUAAAGUCUUGGUCAGCGGAUGUAUCUUCCAAGACAAAAUUACUUAAUAUCCCCUUCAAGGGUAAAACUCUCUGUGGGCCAGAAUUGAUAGAGAUUAUUUCUGACAUCACUGGGGGAAAGGGCCACGCCCUUCCACAAGAUAGACCUUUCAAAGCCAAGAAUACGUCUAAUUUUCGUUCCUUUCGCAAUUUCAGGAACGGACUGACCUCUAACUCUGCAUCCUCUAAACAAGAGAGUAACGCUUCACAAACCAAACCAGCCUGGAAACCGAUGCAAGGCUGGAACAAGGGUAAGCAGGCCAAGAAGCCUGCUGCUGCUAACAAAACAGCAUGAAGGAGUAGCCCCCGAUCCUGGACCGGAUCUAGUAGGGGGCAGACUCUCUCUCUUUGCUCAGGCUUGGGCAAGAGAUGUUCAGGAUCCCUGGACGCUAGAAAUAGUUUCUCAGGGUUAUCUCCUGGAAUUCAAGGAACUACCCCCAAGGGGAAGGUUCCACAUAUCUCACUUAUCCUCAAACCAAAUAAAGAGACAAGCAUUCUUACAUUGUGUAGACCUGUUAAAAAUGGGAGUGAUACACCCAGUUCCAAUGGCGGAACAAGGAAUGGGAUUUUACUCAAAUCUGUUCAUAGUUCCCAAAAAAGAGGGAACCUUCAGACCAAUUCUGGAUUUAAAAAUCCUAAACAAAUUUCUCAGAGUACCAUCGUUCAAAAUGGAAACCAUUCGAACGAUUCUACCUACAAUCCAGGAAGGUCAAUUUAUGACUACCGUGGAUCUAAAGGAUGCGUAUCUACAUAUCCCUAUCCACAAAGAACAUCAUCAGUUCCUAAAGUUCGCCUUUCUGGACAAACAUUACCAGUUUGUGGCCCUCCCAUUCGGGUUAGCCACUGCUCCAAGGAUUUUCACAAAGGUACUCGGGUCCCUUCUAGCGGUUCUAAGACCGAGGGGCAUUGCAGUAGUACCAUACUUGGACGACAUUCUAAUACAAGCGUCGUCUCUUUCAAAGGCAAAAGCUCAUACAGACAUCGUUCUGGCCUUUCUCAGAUCUCACGGAUGGAAGGUGAACAUAGAAAAAAGUUCCCUGUCUCCGUCGACAAGAGUUCCUUUCUUGGGAACAAUAAUAGAUUCUUUAGAAAUGAGGAUUCUUUAGAAAUGCAUGGAAGUAGUAGGGUUGAUGGUUGCAGCAAUGGACAUAGUUCCUUUUGCGCGAAUUAAUCUAAGACCAUUACAACUGUGCAUGCUGAAACAGUGGAAUGGGGACUAUACAGACUUGUCUCCAGUGAUUCAAGUAGAUCAGAAGACCAGAGAUUCACUCCGUUGGUGGCUAACCCUGGACCACCUAUCCCAGGGAAUGAGCUUCCGCAGACCAGAGUGGGUCAUCGUCACGACCGACGCCAGUCUAGUGGGCUGGGGCGCGGUCUGGGAAUCCCUGAAAGCUCAGGGACUAUGGUCUCGGGAAGAGUCUCUUCUCCCGAUAAACAUUCUGGAACUGAGAGCGAUAUUCAAUGCUCUCAGGGCUUGGCCUCAGCUAGCAAAGGCCAGAUUCAUAAGAUUCCAAUCAGACAACAUGACUACUGUUGCUUAUAUCAAUCAUCAGGGGGGAACAAGGAGUUCCCUGGCGAUGAAAGAAGUGACCAAAAUAAUACAAUGGGCGGAGGAUCACUCCUGCCACCUAUCUGCGAUCCACAUCCCAGGUGUGGAAAACUGGGAGGCGGAUUAUCUGAGUCGUCAGACUUUCCAUCCGGGGGAGUGGGAACUCCACCCGGAGAUCUUUGCCCAGUUUACUCAAUUAUGGGGCAUUCCAGACAUGGAUCUGAUGCCGUCUCGUCAGAACUUCAAGGUUCCUUGCUACGGGUCCAGAUCCAGGGAUCCCAAGGCGACUCUAGUGGAUGCAUUAGUAGCGCCUUGGACCUUCAACCUAGCCUAUGUGUUUCCACCGUUUCCUCUCAUUCCCAGGCUGGUAGCCAGGAUCAAGCAGGAGAGGGCUCCGGUGAUCUUGAUAGCCCCUGCGUGGCCACGCAGGACUUGGUAUGCAGACCUGGUGAAUAUGUCAUCGGUUUCACCAUGGAAGCUACCUCUGAGACAGGAUCUUCUUGUACAGGGUCCAUUCGAACAUCCAAAUCUGGUCUCCCUCCAGCUGACGGCUUGGAAAUUGAACGCUUGAUUCUAUCAAAGCGUGGGUUUUCAGAUUCUGUGAUACUCUAGUUCAAGCCAGAAAACCGGUAACUAGAAAAAUUUACCAUAAAAUAUGGUAAAGAUAUAUCUGCUGGUGUGAAUCCAAGGGAUUCUUAUGGAAUAAGGUCAAAAUUCCUAAGAUCCUUUCCUUUCUACAAGAAGGUUUGGAUAAAGGAUUAUCAGUGAGUUCUCUAAAGGGACAGAUUUCUGCUUUAUCUGUCUUAUUACACAGACUGGCAGCUGUGCCAGAUGUUCAAGCAUUUGUUCAGGCUCUGGUUAGGAUCAAGCCUGUUUACAGACCUUUGACUCCUCCCUGGAGUUUAAAUCUAGUUCUUUCAGUUCUUCAAGGGGUUCCGUUUGAACCUCUACAUUCCAUAGAUAUUAAGUUGUUAUCUUGGAAAGUUCUGUUUUUGGUUGCUAUUUCUUCUGCUAGAAGAGUUUCUGAGUUAUCUGCUUUGCAGUGUUCUCCACACUAUCUGGUGUUCCAUGCAGAUAAGGUGGUUUUGCGUACUAAGCCUGGUUUUCUUCCAAAGGUUGUUUCUAACAAAAAUAUUAACCAGGAGAUAGUUGUACCUUCUUAGUUUCCGAAUCCAGUUUCAAAGAAGGAACGUUUGUUGCACAAUUUGGACGUAGUCCGUGCUCUAAAAUUCUAUUUAGAAGCUACAAAGGAUUUCAGACAAACAUCUUCUCUGUUUGUCGUCUAUUCUGGUAAGAGGAGAGGUCAAAAAGCGACUUCUACCUCUUUCCUUUUGGCUUAAAAGCAUCAUCCGAUUGGCUUACGAGACUGCUGGACGGCAGCCCCCUGAAAGAAUCACAGCUCACUCUACUAGGGCUGUGGCUUCCACAUGGGCCUUCAAGAACGAGGCUUCUGUUGAUCAGAUAUGUAAGGCAGCGACUUGGUCUUCACUGCACACUUUUGCCAAAUUUUACAAAUUUGAUACUUUUGCUUCUUCGGAGGCUGUUUUUGGGAGAGAGGUUUUGCAAGCCGUGGUGCCUUCCGUUUAGGUAACCUGAUUUGCUCCCUCCCUUCAUCCGUGUCCUAAAGCUUUGGUAUUGGUUCCCACAAGUAAGGAUGACGCCGUGGACCGGACACACCAAUGUUGGAGAAAACAGAAUUUAUGCUUACCUGAUAAAUUACUUUCUCCAACGGUGUGUCCGGUCCACGGCCCGCCCUGGUUUUUUAAUCGGGUUUGAUUAAUUAUUUUCUCUAACUAGUCACCACGGCACCCUAUAGUUUCUCCUGUUUUUUCCUCCUGUCCGUCGGUCGAAUGACUGGGGUGGGCGGAGCCUAGGAGGGACUAUAUGGCCAGCUUUUGCUGGGACUCUUUGCCAUUUCCUGUUGGGGAAGAGAUAUUCCCGCAAGUAAGGAUGACGCCGUGGACCGGACACACCGUUGGAGAAAGUAAUUUAUCAGGUAAGCAUAAAUUCUGUUUUUUUUUUUUUCAGAUAGAGCAUGCAAUUUUAAGCAACUUUCUAAUUUACUCCUAUUAAUUUUUCUUCAUUCUCUAGCUUUAUUUGAAAGAAGACAUCUAAGCUAUUUUUCUGGUUCAGAACCAUGAAAAGCACUUGUUUAUUGGUGGGUGAAUUUAUCCACCAAUCAGCAAGAACAACACAAAAAUGGGCCGGCAUCUAAACUUGCAUUCUUGCAUUUCAAAUAGAUACCAAGAGAAUGAAGAACAUUUGAUAAAAGGAGUAAAUUAGAAAGUUGCUUAAAAUUGCAUACUCUAUCUGAAUUGCAAAAGAAGAAAAUUGGGUUCAGUGUCCCUUUAAUGCAUUUAUUUGCAGUCAUGAUAUGUGCACGUGCUAUACAUGCAUUCUUUGCAGAGGGUAGUUCUUCUUCUAAAUAUUUUUAAUGAGUUUUGUUUGUAGUGAAAACAUUUUAAUGACUGAAAGAUAUUGUCUUCACAUCAACUGAUCAUUAUUUUCAUGGCUAUAGUAUUUUUCACAACGCUAAACUGUUUGCCAACAUUCAGGCUAUGGAAUGAGCUGCCAAUAAUAUCGCCUGCAUAUAAUCGUGUAUCUGCAGAAAAAUGGGUGGGCUGCUGUUGAAGAAAAAUCAUGUUAUUGGUACCAGUUUGUUUUAAUUACACAUAAAAUGGUUAAUCACUCUCCAAGGUUAUACCAUAAGCAUUAAAGGGGGGCAUUAAGCACUAAAUACAUUUCAUGCACCCUCUCUAAUAAUGGGAGUUGCCAUUAUGGAAUUUACACUGCAGGUAUCUUAACCAGAGUUGCUGCACAUGUGAAUAAAUCAACCCUGGAAUGUAGUGAAACCUAGAUUUCAACAUGGUGGCAGCCAUGACUAGAAUAGCCUCUACUAAAUGUAUUUAGUAUUUAAUGGCCCUUUAAUAUGAUUUAAAAGGGACACUAGACACCUUGCUUUGUGUAAAAAAAAAAUGUGCUGGUCUUAUACUUCCUAGAGAGGGACAGUCUACUACAAUUUUUUUGUUUAAAAAGAUAAUCCCUUUAUUACCUACACUGUUAUAUUAAUAUACGUUUUACCUCUGUGGUUACCUUGUAUCUAACACUCUGCAGACUACCCCUUAUCUCAUUGCUAUUUACAGACUUACAGAAUUUUGGAGUAGACUGUACCUUUAAACCUAAGUUUUCCUCAAAGUUGCCUAAAUCAGCUAUUUGAUUUGCAGCAAUUCGAACAAAACCUAGGUUACAGAAUUUGCUUUUUGGCGUUGCUAGGGGGACAGGCACAAUCUUUACACAAAAACAAGAACUGUUGAAUGUCCCUUUUAUAUUAGGCUGUAUUUUUUAGCAGUAAAAUAAAGAUACAUGUUUUGCCUGUUCUCUGUUUUUAGAUUAGUUCUGCCAAAACUAUUUUGUUUGUGUUUGUAUCAUGUCCCUGCUCAGACAUCAUAACCUUCAUAACGAAGUUGGGUAGGAGACUAUUUACAUUUUUGUUCUAUUUCACCUGAAUCUGUUGCCUCAUUUCUGAGUUUCUUUAACUUCCAAAGAUCUUGUGUUCUUGUAAAUUAAAAAAAAAAAAAAGUAAACUGGUCCAUCACUUGCUUGUCGAAAAGCUGCUUUCAUAAAGAUGUCAGUAUUAAAAGGAAUUAUUGUAACUAUUAAAAUAAGUUUAUUAAAUGUA